ACCAAACUUGUAACCUACACAUUUUACUCGAUUUUACAGUGUUUUCUGUUUUGUUCCAUUUCAGAAUGAUUAGACGUUGAAUUGAAUGAAUUCCUCUGCCUUAACAUCUUUUUUUAUUGUCGGACUGGAGUUUUCGAACUGAAAUUGUGUUUUUUUUGCGCUGAAUAACACCUGUUUCGCACUCUUCUGUAAUUACUGCUCAGAUUACAAUUCUUGGAAUUCUUUUCGUUUUCAGCAUAGUGAUAAAUAUGAGUCAAUUCUCCAGCAGUGAUGAGGAUGAAGAUGAAUGGCUGGAAUUGGACUUAAACAAACCUCAAGUUCCUGCGGAAGAAGAAGAGGAGGCUGACGACUUGGAAUAUCUUUUUGGAGAUGAAAAAGCUACGGAUGCAUUAACUGACCUUGAUGCGAAGCCAAAGAUUCACGUCAAACCAAAGCCUGAUGAGCUUCAAUUGACACUAGACCACACGAAGAAUGUAUCAAAGAAAAGAAAUGUCCGGCGAAUUACAGCUCGUGAUAGGAAAAUUAGAUAUCAUACCCACCAAACGCAUAUUUUGUGUCUACUGUUCCAUUUGUGUACACGGAAUGCCUGGUGCUCACGUACUGAAGCAACGAAGAGUUUACUUAAACUGAUUCCCAAACAAUUGAUUGAUGCUCUGCAUCCACCAGCGAAAAAGUCGCAGGCCCUUCGAAGCCGUUCAUUUAUACAGGCUGUUACGAACAUCCGUGAAAUCUGGAAGCGGACUUUUCGUAUAACUAAACCUGGUCUAAAAAAGCCCGGCUACGGCAAACUUCAGAAUGAGUUAGAGGGAACGGAGAAUGUAUCAUUUGAAGCUUUUAUAAAAGCAACAAAAAGCCUGGAAGGGAGCCGUGACUUGGGAGCUCAGUUACUUGCCAGUUUGUAUCGCUGCGCUGGAGUAGACACACGACUUGUUUUCUCAUUACAACCCUUGAGUUUCCGAUUUGUUGGCUCAUCGCGGGAAGGUGGUAUGGCUCCAGAUUCAGCUGGAACAUCGUCUACAUUGGAAACUGCUUUGUCGAAUAAUUCUCUCUUUGACAACUCAUUCGCUGCUUUUCUCUCGGCUUCAUCGCCGGAACAACCUGUGCAAAAGCGCCAACGUCUUCUCCGACCGUCUUUCUCACAAAGCCCAUCUGUCUCCGCGUCUCCUAGUUCUGUCAGCGAGUCUGUACCGGAAAUUCGUGACUCGCCAAAACCUGUUUUCUGGAUAGAGGUUUUCAACAAUGCACUACAAAAAUGGUCGGCAUUGGAUGCAUUUGGUGAUGAUGCUGUGGGUAAGGUUCGUGCAUUUGCGCCGUCCACAAAUGAUUCUCUCAACUCGAUGACCUAUGUUUUCGCUGCAGAUAGUGACGGAUACUUGAAAGACGUAACUCGGAGGUAUGUUCUUCACUUUUACAAAACAUUUCAGUAUCGUGUGGAAUCAAUUCCCGGUGGAACGGUCUGGCUUGAGAACGCGACAAAAAGGUUACGCCGACCGAAUCGGUUGUAUAGAGACAGAGAUUCCAUUGAAGAUGGGGAGCUUAUGCAGCGCGAACUGUCUGAAGGAAUUCCUAAAAAUAUCCAAGACCUCAAAAUUCACCCGCUUUUUGUGCUUGAGCGGUUUUUGAAAAAACAUCAAAUCAUUCAUCCAAAAAAAUCGUGUGGACGUAUCAAUACAAAAAAGGGCACAGAAUUGGUCUAUCCGCGAAAGUAUGUCCUGUCGGCGUAUUCUUCCGAGCGCUGGUACAUAAAAGGUUUUGUCAUUAAACCUGGAGAGCAGCCAGUGAAAUACGUGACGAAGAGACAAAAGGGCGAAGAGAAGCGGGUCGCUUUGUACACAGAAGAGCAGACAAAACGCUACACACCAAUGCCUGUUGUUGCCAACAAAGUUCCCAAGAAUGGUUAUGGAAAUAUCGAUCUCUUUCAACCCAGUAUGCUACCAUACGGUGCUUACCAUUGUACGCAUAAGUUUGCACUAAAAGCUGCGAAGAUACUUGAUAUCGACUUUGCGAGAGCCGUUGUUGGGUUUGACUUUGAACGCGGCAUGGGUAAACCAAGAUAUGCAGGCGUUGUUAUCUCGAAGGCCUUCAAAGAUGCAUUAGAAGAGACUGCACACGAACUGUUACUCGACUACGAAGAUGAAAAGCUAUCGCAGACUCGCAAGACUGCACUCAAAAACUGGAAACGUUUAUGCAUGGGGCUGCGGAUACGUGAGCGUGUGCUUAAUGAAUACAGCUAAGAAAGAAUGCAUUAUUAGUUCGAAAUUAUAAUUAAAAUUAAAUCGUCUUAGAUAAAAGCUUUCAAAAUUGCGAGGAUGUUUAUGCACUUAGUAGUAUUCCUCCAAAUUCUCAAUUUUGAAUAGGGGUGAAGAUUGUAGGAUGCUGCAAUUCCAAUCGGCGCUCUUCUCAUAAGCAAGCUUAGGAAGAAUUCCUGCGUUUCUGGAUUUCUUAUAGCUCCAUUGAGCUGAUGUUUCAGUGUCCCAGUUCCAGAAAAACCAACCCCAGGUCUUCUCAAAUACCUCCAUUUGCGAAAGAGCGUACAUGUUCAAAUACGUCUUGUAAGAAGGCGGGUAGUUUAACGGAUCAGCAUUCGGAAUGUCACAGCUACAAGCACCUUCAACUGCACAACCCCCAUUCGGGUAUACUGCAGCAGAAAAGUUGCCUUCCCAACGAGUUCCUUCACCAACAUCGUUCAAAAAUUUUGCGCAAUCCGUAUCUGCAAGACUCCAUUCACCGACAAAACUGGGCAAGAAAGCAUUGUCUUCAAACUCCUUAUCCCAGACAUCGCACACAGCAUGCAGUGUAUCGAUGUGAGACAAACGAAGCAUGAAAGAAUCGAAUAUAGUAUAGCGAUGAAUGUCAAUAACCAUAUUUGGAUACCGAAUUGGCGCGUAAUUCUUCUCAAUACUACCGACGCCCGUAAAACCAUCACUAGCGACAAUAUAGCCAGAAUAGCCUUGAGCUGUUAUAGUUUUAUAAGCUUCUUUGUGCCAAUCAAUAACCUUCUUGUUUUCAAGAACGAACAUAUUCGGCUCAUUAACAAUUCCAUAAAUGGUAACAAUAUUCUUGUAGCGUUCUUGUGCGAAGAAUGUCGCAAGCAUCUCAUGAAGCUUAAGUGUAAGAUCGGCAUUCUUCUGUCCUAACUCUGAUCCGUCAAGCCAAUUGAGAACACCUAAUGUUCCUCCGUGAUUCCAUGAAUUCUGAUUGCCUGGAACGGCGUGUAAAUCCAAAUUUACGCGUAGUCCAUUUUCGCGAGCCCAUUCGAUCCCCCGUAGGAGAUAGCGCCAACCAAUUUGGAAGGGGUGUGUUUCGUUUGGUGACGAGAAAAGAAUCCAAUAAGGGAAAGGAAUCCGUACGUGAUCUAAACCUGCUUCCCGGAUUUCCCGAAAUGUGUCUUUUGUCACAAAUGUAUUGUAAUGUGUUUCAAUAACAUUAUUGACAUCUUGGCCGAGGAAUUGAUGAAGUUCGGUUUCAUCCGUAAGUUGAUGAGUGCCAUUACCAUAUUUUUCAAAGAAAGACGGAGUAAUAAAUGGCUCCAUGGAAAGCCAACCGCCGAGAUUCACUCCUCUAACGGGUUGACUACCAUAAGGGAAAGGCGAAUUAAGGGGCGGGACGCCAGGGUUAGCCCGAGUACAAUCGUUAUAGAAGCUGAACAGGCCCAUUAUGCUAAGUCCACCCACAGUUUCAUUUGUGAAGGUUGUAUUAAAAUCAUCAGUUGUAAGCCAUGUACUAGCAUCCAGAUAUGUUCCCCGUACAUAAUCAGGUAUAUCAACGGGCUCGGAAAAGUUGGCUUUUGGACUUGACACUUCGAGAACCUUUCCUUUCGACAUAUCAGUUGUGUCGUUUGUUGCAUUAUUAUAUUGUUGUCUUAUUUUUGGAAGAAUGGAACAAAAGACUAUAGGAAAGAAUAUCGCAGAAAAUAAGAUGACGGUGAAGAGCGAAGAGAAGAAAGCAGUACAGAUAUCUCUUUUUCGAAUUCGCUUGUAAAACGGUUUGGUUUCAUCUUGGCUUAUGUUAUAAAAGCUGUUGGAGUCAUCAGUAGACGAGUCCGCAGUUACUUUGUACAUUUCUUGAGCUUGUCAGUGGGAGACUGUUUUUGGGAUGAGAGACAACCGUUUGAACAGUUCUUUAUUAUAGUUAAUGGCUCAAGCGGAACGGAAACCCAUUGAGAAAAGUUACUGUAGCCAAGUGACUUUGUGAGCCAUUAUUUCAUCCUAGCUUUGAACAAGUUCAGACUGGUUUAAUUUGUUUUCCUUCUCAUAAACAAGUUGUAAAAUAGUCAUCUUCUCUUGUUGAAGUUUUUCUUUUUCCGCGGCCCAGAAACGUUUAAAGGCAGCGGCCUCUUCGUCAACAGUUUCAUAAAGUGCAUCAAUCUCCUCCCUUGAUUCUUUGUAAUCUUGCGCAGCAACAUGGAGCUUACAUCGUAGAUUUUUGAGUUCUUCUUUUAGGACAUUAUAUUGAUCAAUAGAAACAUAUGCCGGACCAGAAGAAUGAGA